UUUACUGUUACGAGUCUCAUAUUCGCUGUGUUACCAUAAUAGGGGAUACAAUAGCAGGCCUGUAUCAGCCACCAUCCAGAUCCCAAUUAAACCAAAUCGGAGCGGGGAUACAAUAAGCAGGCCUGUAUCAGCCAGCAUCAGCCACCACCGUCACGCCACCGCGCCGCGCAGAGAGAGAAGCCGAGCGGAGGCAGGCGAGGUGACGAAAGGGGGAGAUCGCCUGCCGCGGUGGGUUCGGUUGGUGGGUGCCGCCUCCGCAUCCUGCUGUUCUGCUCCCCAGCCCACCCCCAUUUACUUCGCCUCGACUCGUAUGGAUUCCCGCUCGCUUCUUCCCCACUCCACGCGCCGAUCCGCCACCAGCCAGGAGGGAGCGACGCGAUCCAAUUGAGGAGGCGGGGGUACCUGUCUGCUGUUUCUGCGUUCCCCUUUUUGAUUCCGCCACCAGCCUAACCGCGCUGCAGCUGGACGCCAUCGCGUGCCUGCACGGCGUCUUGGUGGGGUGGUCGAAGCCGCCGCCACGCGGGCGACCCGGCGCAAGGAAGCGGUGGCCGAGCCGUGGGAGCGCGAUGCUGUGGGCGGCCCGCCUGUCCGGCUUCUUCUCCGCUGCCAUGCUGAUGGUGGUGCUGUCGCCGUCGCUCCAGUCCUUCCCGCCCGCUGAGGCCAUCCGCUCCUCGCAGUUCGACGGCAGCGUCCGCUUCCCGGGCCAGAUCGCGGGGGGCGCCAGGGGGAUCGCUUUCCGCCGCGCCCCGUCCUUUCGCAAUGCCGCCGACUGCGGCGGCGGCAACGGCACCGCCGCCAAUGUCUGCGACCCCUCGCUCGUCCACAUCGCGAUUACGCUCGAUGAGGACUACCUCAGGGGCUCCGUCGCCGCGGUGCACUCGGUGGUGCAGCACGCCAGGUGCCCCGAGAGCGUCUUCUUCCACUUCCUCGUCUCCGACCCGGGCCUCGAGGACCUUGUCCGAGCCGUGUUCCCGCAGCUCCGGUUCAAGGUCUACUACUUCGACCCCGACCGUGUUCGGGGGCUCAUCUCCACGUCGGUGCGGCAGGCGCUGGAGCAGCCGCUCAACUACGCCCGCAACUACCUGGCCGACCUCUUCGAGCCCUGCGUGCGCCGCGUCAUCUACCUCGACUCCGACCUCGUCCUCGUCGACGACGUCGCCAAGCUCUGGCGCACCGACCUCGGCGACCGCACCGUCGGCGCGCCGGAGUACUGCCACGCGAACUUCACCAAGUACUUCACCGACCGGUUCUGGUCAGACCAGCGGUUCGCCGGGAUAUUCGCGGGGCGGCGGCCGUGCUACUUCAACACGGGGGUCAUGGUACUCGACCUCGAGCGGUGGCGGCGCGCGGGCUACACGCUGCGCAUCGAGCGGUGGAUGGAGAUACAGAAGUUGCCAGCGGGACGCAUCUACGAGCUGGGGUCGCUGCCGCCCUUCCUUCUGGUGUUCGCGGGGCACGUGGCUCCGAUCGAGCACCGGUGGAACCAGCACGGCCUCGGCGGCGACAAUGUCUUCGGCAGCUGUCGCGACCUCCACCCGGGGCCGGUGAGCCUGCUGCAUUGGUCCGGUUCCGGCAAGCCGUGGGCGCGGCUCGGCGCCGGGCGGCCGUGCCCGCUCGACGCGCUCUGGGCGCCCUUCGACCUGUACGGUCCCGGCGGCGCCAGCGCCGAGGAGUCCCGGUAACCGCAACACUCGAAAAAGAAAUAUUUUUUCCUUCUUUGGCCGAUCCCGUACAAAUUCCGAGCUCUAAUUCUUGGUCUCCAUUACCUGUUCAAACCUAUAUGUUUUUUCUUCCCUUUUUCGUUUUUUUGGUUCUCGUUCGAUUAAAUGUUUUGUGUCAGAUUGUUCAUGUUGGUACCUAGUGAUAUUUUCUUCCACUUCUUUUUGAUCGUUUUCUUACUAUAUAUAAAAAGAGGUCAUUUGUAUCCUAGUUGCUACAGCGUUGCAGGCUUUUGCAGCCUCAUCACCAUAAAUAAAAGCACAAAGAAAAAGACUUCGCAGUU